ACUGUGUUACACAGAAACAGCUUCAAAGGCUUCUUCAGAUAAAACGCUUUCUUACUUCGACUCAAACAUACUAUUCUCUCUCAACCGUUGUUUUAGAGAGAGACACAAACAUAAAACCUUAUUCUUCGCUUUCUUAAGGUUCUCUUUGUUUUUCGAUCUCACAUUUUUAUUUCUGUAAUCAUUCUCGCUAAUGUCAACUGCCCCCGCGCCGUCUUCGCCGCCGGCGAAUAACGGCACCGCGCCUCCGCCGUCAACUCCGGCCACUCCCUCCGCACCGCCUCCCGCCACACCUUCCGCGCCGCCACCCUCAACUCCGUCGUCUCCUCCGCCGGCAACUCCGUCGUCUCCUCCGCCGGCGACACCUUCCUCGCCACCUCCGGCAACUCCUUCCUCUCCCCCUCCGGCGACUCCCUCUUCUCCUCCACCGUCCACUCCUUCUGCUUCUCCUCCACCGUCCACUCCAACCACGCCAUCGACUUCUCCGCCGUCGCCGCCGUCGACAUCGCCACCGUCGCCACCCAGUGGCGGCAGCACUCCGAGUCCACCGUCUCGGAGCUCGCCCUCUCCUCCGUCCGGAUCGAGCCCGACCACUCCGUCGCCUCCGUCGUCUUCCUCGUCGAGCAUUUCGACCGGCGUGGUGGUCGGAAUCGCCGUUGGGGCUGUGGCGGUUCUUCUUGUGUUGAGCAUUCUCUGCAUAUGCUGUCGGAAGAAGAAGAGAAGACGUGAUGAAGAGUACCAUGCUCCGCCGCCGCAGCAGCAGCAACCGCCGCGGGGACCUAAAGAUGGUGCAUAUGGUGGUCCCCCAGGCCAAUGGCAACACAAUGUUCCUCCUCCUCAAGAUCAUGUGGUCUCAAUGAUGCCUCCAAAGCCAUCGCCACCGCCUGCUCCACCAGCUUAUGCUGGUCAACCUCCCCCACCACCGCCUCCUUUCAUCAUCAGCAGUGGCGGAUCUGGAUCAAACAAUUCAGGCGGUGAAUUUCUUCCUCCUCCUUCUCCAGGAAUUUCAUUGGGGUUCUCUAAGAGCACAUUCACGUAUGAGGAGUUGGCACGCGCAACUGAUGGCUUCUCUGAUGCCAACCUCCUUGGACAAGGAGGAUUUGGAUAUGUGCACAGAGGAAUUCUUCCCAACGGCAAGGAGGUGGCAGUGAAGCAAUUGAAGGCUGGAAGCGGGCAAGGGGAGCGUGAAUUCCAAGCUGAAGUUGAGAUAAUUAGCCGUGUCCAUCACAAGCAUCUUGUUUCUUUGGUUGGAUACUGCAUCACUGGGUCCCAGAGGCUGCUUGUUUAUGAAUUUGUUCCCAACAACACAUUGGAAUUCCAUUUGCAUGGAAAAGGGAGACCUACCAUGGAUUGGCCCACAAGACUAAGAAUUGCUUUAGGAUCUGCUAAGGGACUGGCGUAUCUUCAUGAAGAUUGUCAUCCUAAGAUCAUCCAUCGUGAUAUCAAAUCUGCCAACAUCCUUCUGGAUUUUAAGUUUGAAGCAAAGGUUGCAGAUUUUGGUCUUGCAAAGUUUUCUUCUGAUGUCAAUACCCAUGUUUCUACUCGAGUGAUGGGGACUUUUGGGUAUUUGGCUCCAGAAUAUGCUUCUAGUGGAAAACUCACAGACAAAUCAGAUGUUUUCUCCUAUGGAAUCAUGCUCCUUGAGUUAAUAACCGGACGACGGCCAGUUGAUAAAAAUCAAACUUACAUGGAGGAUAGUUUGGUAGAUUGGGCUAGGCCUUUGCUCACACGAGCUUUGGAAGAGGAUGAUUUUGAUUCUAUUAUUGACCCAAGGCUCCAGAAUGACUAUGAUCCUCAUGAGAUGGCACGAAUGGUGGCUUCUGCUGCGGCUUGCAUACGUCAUUCGGCAAAGCGUCGACCAAGGAUGAGCCAGGUUGUCCGCGCUCUCGAAGGAGAUGUCUCUCUAGCAGAUCUGAAUGAAGGAAUAAGACCUGGACACAGCACUAUGUAUAGUUCUCAUGAAAGCUCAGAUUAUGACACUGCACAGUACAAGGAAGACAUGAAAAAGUUCAGGAAAAUGGCAUUGGGAACUCAGGAGUAUGGUGCAAGCAGUGAGUACAGUGCCGCUACAAGUGAGUAUGGUUUAAACCCAUCAGGCUCAAGUAGUGAAGCACAGAGCCGCCAAACCACAAGGGAAAUGGAAAUGAGAAAGAUGAAGAACAAUCAAGGUUUCAGUGGAAGUUCUUGAUCCUUGGCCAACUAUUUCUGCCUUUAUCUUUUGUAUAAAGUCUAUAUAUCCUUGAUUUCUUGCCAAUGUCACAGUUGAUUGCUUUACUGACAUCUUUGGAGAGACUUACCGAUUACUAUUAUUUUUUCCCUCCUUCACAUAUGAUCAUCUUUUGAAUUGUAUUUAUCAGGGUAUACAACAAAAUAACAACAAUUCGAUUCUUUCAUUAUUUUUUUUCCUUAUUCAGCUUUAGUGCUGGAAAUGGAUUGGCAUCAAACCUUGUUUUCCAUUGUUGCUCAUAUGUCAAUUUUUAGGUAGUUGGAAGUGGGCUGGUUUUGUUAA